AAAUAAUUUAGGUAAACUCUGUAUGUGGGAACUUUGGGCCGGGCCGCCGGGAUCUAUAUCAAUACAAUAAAAAUCGACGAUAGUCAAAAUUAGGCCUAUUCCUGAAUGCAGUCAAUACUGUUCUUGGCCAUACUAAAUUAUGUUAGAGGUGACUACUUACUGAUGUGAUUGUCUCAAAGAUCUCAAAGGUUAUGAACGCUUAGCUGCUAGUCCUCGUGUUGAUUUUCUAGUUGAUUUUUAACUUUCGAAGGUACGGUUCUUCAUGGAAUGAAAGCUCUAAUAGCUUGUACUCGGCAGUGUAAUAUAAAAGAGCGCAUUUAAACAGUUUGGGCUGGUAACUAAGGGAACAGAUGCCGCGCAGUCAUUUCAAGAGCAUUUCAAGCCGAAAUGAACCAGAUUUAUCGCACUCUGGCGAAUCUAGAUCAAAUUGCAAGUAUAGAGUAGAAUAUACCGUUUCAUCAAAUAGUGUGAACAUAAUUAUUUUAUCAUUUCUGUUCAUUCGUGCAAUCCUAAAUCACGAAGCGUGUAAUACAAACAAACUGGAAUGUGUGAUACUUUCAUUGUACCGUAAAUUUCAUCUUGUGCACGCAAGGCUUGGGAAAAGCAGUAGUUAAGAACGGCUGGGAUAUCAGCUCUAAGGUUUCUCCAGUGGACAACACUACUUUGUAGGUGCUGGAAUUUGUCCAUUUGAAGAGAUCCAAUUUAGAUGCUGUGCUGUAGAAACUAAAGUGUUGAAAAUCAUAACUGCCGCAGUGCUUUGUCGCGGUUUGCAGGAAAACUUGCCUAACUACAUUUAGAACGUGGAUACGUUACAAGUUCUGAAAUGUUUCCCUUCGAUCAAGCCUACGUGGUACCUUACUACGAACAUGUUCCACCGUCUGUAAGCCCUGAUAAGCUGCACCUGGCGACUGAGUAUCACGACCCAUCCAGUCCACGUAACAUCCAAGGUAUAUUCAAAAACCUGUGGGAGAAACUACUCUCUGCCAUUCCCAUUAGCCUAACCACAGGUGGAAGACCAGCUCCUCCUAAGCUUGGGCCUGAUGAUCUAUAUUGGUUGAAUGGAGCAACAUAUGCCGUCAAACCUAACGAACUUGAAUCUUCGGAAAAGUCGGCGAUUUAUGAAAAUGAAAGAGCAAAGGAGUUUUUGGACAGAGUUCAUAAAGAACAAAUCGCAACCAAUAGCGACAUAGUUUAUUUCAACACACGACGGUCCAUUGAGUAUCCUCUGGAGAAGAGCGUGACGCAGAAAGUCCGGCAGGAUGCGAUCUUUCCUCCCAAAGAAAUGUCGAGAGAAAGAUUGUCUCAAGUGUGUGGCAUAUCUAAAUUUAUUCGUCGAAGCCGUCGUCUCGUCAACGGCCGUAUAUCGGCGGAGGGACAAUGGCCGUGGAUGGCGUACGUGAUGGGCAGCGCCACUACCGCGAAUUCUUUAUCGUUCCGUCAACGCGUGUGUGGCGGGGUGCUAAUUACGGACAGACACGUCAUUUCUGCGUCUCACUGCUGGAAAUUACCAGAAGGGGAAAACUUUGCCUACGACUACAGAGUUUACGUACAACUUGGCACGACUGGAGUGUACGACGCGAGCAAGAUUGUGUUCCACCCCGACCGUUACUUGAUAAAGAAGAUGUAUAAGCACAAAGGAUUUGACGAAUCUCAAUACCUGUUCGAUAUCUCCAUUUUUGAGCUGGUGCAUCAAGUAACCUUCACAAAGAACGUUAUCCCUGUUUGCCUGCCAAAACCGGGACAAAAUUUCAACAACGAAUUAGGCUUCGUCGUUGGAUGGGGUAUGCAGCAAUACAACAGCACGCGACCCAGCACAGCCCAACGCUACGUUGAUGUUCCGAUCGUACCCCACACAGUGUGUCAGGACUGGUACGGUGAAUCCAACAUCACCAUCUCCUCCCAGCACCUGUGUGCUGGCUUCCAGGAAGGCGGAAAGGACGCUUGCAAGGGAGACAGCGGAGGUCCCUUGGCUGUGAGAGGCAUGGACGGUCGUUGGACGUUGGCCGGCACGGUGUCGUAUGGCUUCGGAUGCGCGGAGCCUCGCAAACCGGGACUGUACAAUAACAUCACGCUCUUCCUGCCUUGGAUACAUAACAUCAUCAACCGCCCCGCCGACUGAUGGACUAGAACCUAUAUAAAUAUUAAAGCUAAUAUACAUGUGUUUAGAAAGUCGGAAAAAUUAUCACUCGUUUAUGGCAGUAACGUAAAGGUUAUUUUGCAGCAAUCGCUUGCCAAAUGUCUAAAAAUAUUUCGUUUCUAAGACUUGUAUAUUUACGUUAGAUCACUUUUAAACCAACCACUAUGCUGAUGAUAUGAAAAUGGAUAUAUUUGAGACUAGCUUAAAUCUUCUAUUAUUAAAUUGUUCUUUUACAUGAUUUAGAUAAUCGUAAUGGAAGGAAUAAUCUUUAUCUGUGAAUAUUAAUAUAAGCGAGUAUUAAUAAUUAAUUAGUGUCUAAUUUUGUUCAACUAGGACUUGCGAGCGAUCAGCUAAGGGUAAAAGCAUUCCAAUGCUCCUAGCCAUGGAAUCUAGACGUUUUGGACAGCUGGUUGCAAUUCGACAACAGUGACAAGUUUUAUGGUUUCCAAAUGGUCCUCUAAUGUGAUAUUGGAGGUGAAUACUUGAACAUUUAUAUUUAAGAAUUAAAGCGUACGUGUACGAACGAAGGCUCAAAAUAACCCAAAGGUUUUAAUCGUGUACAAAUAUUUAUCAACUAUUUUAAUAAAUAUUUCGUGAA